AUGGAUGCGAAGCCGCAGCGUAUGCGCGUCCGUGUGGACGAGAAUGCCCUUCCUUCGGUUCAGCCAAACAAGGCCGUCCACCAGCGCAACAAAUCCACCCCGGCCCUGAACCUGGCGGCCCAGAACGCGAAGAAUGGCCCCCGACGAGUCUUUGGUGAAGUGACCAACAACAUGGGUAGGAAUAGGGUCGCGCGCGAUGAUUCCGCACUGCUGGGCAAGCCCAAGGCUCAGCUGGCUGAGAACAAGGCCCCCCUGGCUCAGCCCGCCCAGCGUCCGCUCUCCAUUUCCGGCAUCAAGGAUAUUCUCAACAAUGUCACUGCGAAACCAAUUAACCCAGCCGGAAAAGCUCAGCCCUCCAAGGCCAACAAGCGCAAUAACGCCAUUUUCCGCGACCAACUCGAAACUGUCACCGAGCGCGAAUCAUCCAAGGAAAUCCCCCAGCCUGCCAGCCGCAGCGCACCAUCUCUCGAAACCGAGAAUGCACGGAAGAACAUUGAGGAGAACAAGGAGGAGACGGUGGCUGUCACCGUCGACGAGUCAGCCGUCAUCGGCCUCGACGAAGCGGAGGCCAAUGAAUGGGACGAAUUGCACAAGUCGACUGCAUCCGAUGCUACUCUCUCCGACACCGAGGAGACAAAAGUCUCCUCUCUUCCUGCUACCAAAUCGUCUGCGCCAUAUCAUGGACGCUCUUCCAACGACCUGGCUGCUGUUACCUCGGAGCCGGAAGCCGAGGAGUGGGAAGACGAGGAAGCCGAUCACGCCGCACCCCGUUUCCUGUCGCGUAUCGACAACACAACAGGAGGUACCACCACUGUGAUUUUCCCUCGCUCUACUGCGGCGACCAGGCGCGAGAUCUUUGAGGCCAAGAAAAUUGUCGAUGCCACCCAGACUGAGGAGGAUCUCCUCGAAGACUUCUAUGACUCGAGCAUGGUAGCCGAGUAUAGCAGUGAAAUCUUCUUGUAUCUUCGCCAGAAGGAGAUCGAUAUGCUGCCCAUUCCCGAUUACAUGGCCAACCAAGCUGAGAUUCAGUGGUCAAUGCGUUCCGUGCUCAUGGACUGGCUGGUUCAAGUGCACUACCGAUUUGCCCUCCUCCCGGAAACCCUCUUUCUCUGUGUCAACUACAUCGACCGGUUCCUCUCGCACAAGAUCGUUUCUCUCGGCAAGCUGCAGCUGGUCGGCGCCACCGCCAUCUUCAUCGCCGCCAAGUAUGAAGAGAUCACUGCGCCUUCUGUCCAGGAAAUUGUGUACAUGGUUGAUGGUGGCUACACCAUUGAUGAGAUCCUGAAGGCUGAGCGCUUCAUGCUUUCGAUUCUCAACUUUGAUCUGGGCUGGCCCGGUCCAAUGAGCUUCCUUCGUCGUAUCAGCAAGGCAGAUGAUUAUGACCUGGAGACUCGUACCGUUGCUAAGUACUUCCUUGAGCUUACCAUCAUGGACGAGCGCUUUGUGUGCACGCCUCCUAGCUUUGCCGCCGCUGGUGCUCACUGCCUGGCACGCUUGAUGCUUCAAAAGGGAUGCUGGACACCAGCCCACGCCUACUACAGUGGAUACCUGUAUGACCAGCUGCUGCCUGUCAUGUCGACUAUGCUGGAAUGCUGCGAGGACUCGCCCCGCCACCAUCAGGCCAUCUACGAGAAGUACUCCGACCGACGCUUCAAGCGUGCUGCCGUUUAUGUCGAGGCCGAGAUCGCUCGCGGAUUUUGCCUUGCUCGGCCCACGUCGUUGAAGAACCCUUACCGCUAUGAGGGUAUCGAGAACUUCUGA